UACUGUUUUUUUUUCAUUGACGUCUCGUGUGCCAAUUGUAAAAUUAAUUGAUGUUUUAACUUAAUUAACUGAAAAAGUCGUGGAUUAUAAAAGAAAAUGACGCUUUAUCACUUUGGAAACUGUGUUGCGCUGCUUAUGCCAUAUUACUUUACCUACAAAUACUCUGGCCUUUCUGAAUAUGGUGCAUUCUGGAAGUGCGUACAGGCGGGAUGUAUUUACAUAUUUACACAGCUCUGUAAAAUGCUCGUUUUGGCCACGUUCUUUUACUCGGAUAACUCAUCCAAUAGCGGCGAGUUUAAUUUCUUUGCGGAGAUUCUGCGCUGCAGUGUCGACAUGGCCGAUUUGCUUGGAUUCGCUCUAAUCCUUAGCCGCAUACCUGGCAAGGGUCAUUCAAAACUUAUUACCGCUGGAUUGGGUUGGGCGACGGCUGAGGUGAUUUUGUCACGCGGUAUUAUGCUCUGGGUAGGCGCCCGUGGCACCGAAUUCAGUUGGAUUUACAUUCAAAAAUGUCUGGAAUCAAAUGUGCUGCUCGUGCAGCAUUUAAGCACUGCUACACUGAUAUGGUUGUUUACGCGCCACGAUCUCAACAAGGCAUUGAAACCGCUAGUCUCCAUACUGUUGGCCGUCACCAUCUUCAAGGGCGUCUGGUUGGAGGGUCUGCUGCACAUCCUCAGCAUUGGUCCUUGGUCAGCGAUUGCAUUCAAGGCGCUGGUGGCAUCCAUCAUCGGCUUCUGCUCGUUGAACAUUUACGCUGGCCUCGCCCAACAAAUUGGCAUUUAACUUCAAUACUUGUAUUGUAUCAUAUAUUUCGGUUGUCAUGAGUUUAUGUACACAAUUUGUAAUGGAACACAGCCCCAAAACAGUUUAGAGAAUUACAAAAAUGUUAA